GUUCCUUCCAAUUUCACCAAUAACCAUGAAGAAGAAGCUUGGAGGGUUCACGUGCCACUCCCCGACCGCCACCGCGGUCUGCAUCUCCGCCAAUCCCCGCUCCGCGGUGGUUGUGCCGAGGAGGCUGGCUAGAGCUGAUGUUAAUGCCAAUGGUGUCGACCGCGUGAGGUUCGCGAGCAAUGGUGUGAACUACUUGAGGCUUGUUGCAUCUCCAAGCUUGAGCAUUCGCAGUGAGGGAAGGCUGCCCGCCGUAAAGCAACCAGUGUCGACACUUUCUUCUUCACCGGAGAAUGUCUUUCAGGUGGUGGUUUUGAGGGUGGCGCUUCAUUGUCAAGGCUGUGCUAGUAAGGUUAAGAGACAUCUCACCAAGAUGGAAGGAGUGACAUCAUUCAGCAUAGAUCUUGAGGCAAAGAGAGUGACUGUGAUGGGACGUAUCUCACCGCACGGUGUUUUGGAGAGUAUUUCUAAGGUGAAAAGGGCCGAGUUAUGGCCAAUGUGUUAAACUAAAUGGCGUCUGGCUGUGACAGACUGUGACGACUGUGAGGGAAGAUAAUUGGAAAUGACCAAAGUGGACACCAAAAGGAAACGAAGAUGUCUUUGUAGAGCACCCAAUAGAGGGGUUAUGUGUAAAUUUGCCCUUCUUGUUGGGAAAAUAUUGUGGUGGUCCUAAAUUCUAUAUAAAGGGGUGGUGGGUGAGAUGUUACUAGUAGUUCAUUUGGCAUUAUGGGUUGGAACCACUUUUUUUUUUUUCUUUUAAGGAUAGUGAUAUUUUUGUUUCUACAUUUCAAAUAUGAGAAAUUCU